CCUACCUUCAACAUUCACAGUGUAGAACCCUGACAGGUGACAUUGUGGUCUUUACAGUCCCUCUUCCAUACCAAACGUUUUUUGUUUGUUUUCAGUAUUUUCUUUCCACUGUUUUCGACAAUCAUUUCAAAUGGGCGCAUUGAGGGUUCGGUUUAAAAGUAAAAGACAGUCUGUGGACCAUGGAGGCGUGCGAAGGGACUGCGGUGGGCACGAUGAUAGGCUUAAUGCGCCAUCCGGGAGACACUACUCAAGUGUGCCAUCUGAAUCCCCACAGGAAAAGCCACACUCGCCGAUAGCAGGUGAGACUCCGUCAAGCCCGGAUGUCCAUACCUCCAGCUCUCACAGUGUCGCUGUCAAACGGAGGGCAGGGCUGAAGUCCUCCAAGCUGGAUGCAGAGAAGAGGUACCUGGGAGUAAGAGUCAAGAUGCCCGUCAAAGACAUGCUUAGGACCAUACGCCUGGCCAAGGGCUUGGACCCUCAGGGGAGUCAUGGAAAAUGUUCUAAAGGAGAGAAGAGGCGUGUCAACACAAAGGGAGAGCGCAGGGGCGACAAUAAAAAAAACUCCAUCAAGAGCCUGGAGGAGCUGGCCUUCAUAGUUGAGGUGCUGGAAGAGGAUCUGAAACGAAACCCUCCAACCACACUUAUUUUCCCUCUUUCCCCAGAGUACAGCCCUCUUCCCCACCCUCUCUCCCCUGGCUACAGCCCUCCUCCCCACCCUCUCUCCCCUGGCUACAGCCCUCCUCCUCUCUCCCCUGGCUACAGCCCUCCAAUCCAGCCUCUCUCCCCUGGCUACAGCCCUCCAAUCCAGCCUCUCUCCCCUGGCUACAGCCCUCUCUCCCCAAAGUACAGCCCUUGUUCCCAGCCUCUUUCUCCAGUGUACUCCCCUGACCCGAGUGAGAGCACCUGGAGCCCUGAGGCCCUGUUUAGCUACCAUUUAAAGAGCCCUCAGCAGAGUGAUCUGCCCCUAGACCACCCCUCUCCAGGCCUGCCCCUCUCCCGAUCCCUCUCCACUGCCCUUAACCAGCUCAGCCCCCUGGGGGGGUACAACAGCGAGGGCUCUGACGACAUGAUAUCAAGCCCUGGGUCAUACAUGUCCUACUCCCCCAGCCUCAGUGAGUACCAGGUCCCCUCUCCCCCCAGCACCACCCCAGAUGUGGGGUACCAGGCCUGGAAUGAUACUGCAUUCUUCUGGAACCAGCUUCAGCACGAAGGGAACCUGAUCAGGGAGGUGUCCGACUCCCAUCUCCUAGACACUGAUGAGAAUGGCCAGAUAGCUCUUCACAGAGCUGUGACUGAGGGGCGCCGGGCGCUGGUAUAUGCUAUCGCCAAGAGGAUGGCCGCUCUCAACAGUCUGGACUUCAAAGACUCUGAAGGAAAGUCUGCCCUUCACCUGGCGGCCCAGAAUAACCAGCACAUGAUUGUGGAAGACCUGGUCCGGAUGGGUGCUACUGCUAAUGAGACAGACCGGUCUGGGAAAACCUGCAUGCAUCUCAGUGCAGAGAACGGUUACAUCAGAGUUGUAGAGGUUCUGAUGAAACUGAUGAAGGAGGGAUUCUAUGUUGACCUUGAAGCCACUGAUAAGUACGGUCUGAAUGUCCUUCAGUGUGCUGCUGUUUCUCUGAAGCUGACGUUGAGGGAGCUGGAGAGGAGCGUGUCCCCUGGCCGGACCAGACUCCAAACCCUUCGUAAGGAGCAGAUCAUGGAGACCCUGGAAUACCUUCUACAGAUGGACAACUACACCCUGGACCAGGGCUUUGGGGUGGACCCAUUCCCCCAGGGCUCCAGUAUGGAGCCUUUCUCACCCACCCAGGGAGGAUUCCCCAUGGUCAGCAUGGAGCCUUACAGACCCACUCAGGGAGGGGUCCCCAAGGCUAGCAUGUACCAGGGGGUGAGGAUGUUCUAGAGCUGGGUGGUCCAUGGCCAGCACGUCUGUCUCUAGCAGAAGGAUGUGUUCAUCUGCCUCACAAGGCGUACGCAGACCUGACAGUAAAUGUUUCAGAGUUAUUACAAACUUGACCUUGUCUGAGAGAGGUUCUAGUGGUAUGAGGGUCUUCAUUUAUUUUUCUAGCCGCUAGUUUGAUGUGUAGACCCUCCGUUAGAUGCCCUCUCUCCAGGCAAGGGAAGUUUUUAUGUCAUGCAUUCGAGUUAUUUUGUGCGAGGCUCAAAACACAGGAGUGAACCACUCUCAUUUUUUGUGGCCUGUAUUUAAAACUAGGAUGCUCAUUAGCUGGUUUCUGUGAAACUUCCAUUGUUUGUUACAUUAAAGUAAAAAGAUAUAACGCAAGUCAAGCGAAGAGGUGAUGGUGUUGGAUAUUGGUGUUGUGGUGGUGUUGUCCCCUUCACUGCUGCUCUUUUAAAGACACUGGUAAACCAUGUGAUAUCCUGACAGUCCUGUCUACAUUUUGCAUAACAUACUGUAAGUGGGCAAAUAAAGAUAUUUUAAGGGAAAUAAAUGUCACAACAUAGUUUUCUUAUUUGUUAUAGUUAUGCAUCUAUAACUUAGUUAACUAACUAGAAUAACACUUUAUGGUUGUGAUGUUACUAUCCCAAAAUGUAUGUCUACCAACUGCUACAUAUUAUAUCCUAAUGUAAAAUAUGCAUAAUUGUAAAACAAACAACAGUGUAAAGUGUAUUAUGAUGUGUUUCUGUUAUGGACCUAAAAUGAUGACUCCACCUUACUUAGUUCCAUGGUAACUGGGUUCAGUCCAGGCAUUUCUGGGGCUUUCUUUCUCUGUUUGAGGAUGAUGUCGUUGUCUCGUGGCUGGUAGGUAAAGUUUACCGUUCAGCAGAGAUUAAAAAAUAGCUUGUCCCUUACUAGUUGUAGAUUGAUGGUAAUGUCAAAAUAUUUGUUAUUAAGUUCUUGACUGUUGUGUAUCAAUUAUAAUAUUUGCACAUUCGUAAGUUAAAGACAAAGUCUGAUGUA